GCACUUUAUGUACUCCAGCAAAUAAUGAGAUAGCCCUAAAAUCAAAAUCUGAAUUCGAAAAUUCCGACCCUUAAUUUGAAAAUUGUGUGUCACAAAGCCAUCUUUUUUGGGUAGAGAAGGCGAAAUAUAUGGCUAAAGCAAAGCAUCAAAAGCCCAAACCCAGAAAACCAGCUAAACAGACCCACAGCAAAAAGCGAGGAGUGAAGCAAAACGAUGUCUCUGAAUUGCGAGACCAGCUUGAUGCUUUAGGUUUGAAGAUAAUUCAAGUGACUGCAGAUGGUAAUUGCUUUUUCAGGGCAUUAGCUGAUCAAUUGGAAGGUGAUGAAGAUCGGCAUCAGAAGUAUCGUGGCAUGGUGGUGGGAUUUAUCAAGGAAAACUGCGAAAUGUUUGAGCCAUUUGUGGAAGAUGAGGUUCCAUUUGACAACUACUGCCAAUCCAUGGGAGAGGAUGGUACUUGGGCGGGGCACAUGGAGCUGCAAGCAGCUUCUCUUGUUACUCACAGUAACAUAUGCAUUCACAGAAAUAUGUCUCCGCGGUGGUACAUACAGAAUUUUGGCAAACAUGAAGCUCUGAUGAUUCAUCUGUCUUACCAUGACGGAGAACAUUAUAAUAGUGUCCGCUCAAAGGAAGACACAUGCUCUGGACCAGCUAGGCCGAUUGUUAUAAAGGGUGAUGCUGAUCUUUCAGCAAAAUCCAAUCAGCCAAAGGCAGCUUCCAGGAAGUCCAGGGAGGAAUGUCGAAGGAAUGCUUUAUGUGAAGACUCUAUCAAAAUGGUGAAGGCCGGAAGUGGAUGUGAAGAUAUUAUAAAAGUUGAACAGGCUCUACAACAAGUGGGUGGGGAUGUUGAUGCCGUGAUAGAAGUCCUUGUGUCUGGAGAAGUAUCUUCAGAUCAUAUAGCUGUUGAGGCUGAAUCUUCUCCGUUAAUCGAAACCUUUAAUGGGAAUGAGGAACACCAUGCAAAGAACAAAGAUCAGCAUACACUACUGGUUCAAAGCAAAACUACCGAAUUGGAAUUAUCUGGAAGUGAUGCAGAGACAAAUAACACAAAAGUUCCACAACUUGAUGAAAAGAAAAUCCCGAGGAACAAGGCUUGCCCAUGUGGCUCAAAAAAGAAGUACAAGUCUUGCUGCAGUACAGUUGCUGGGAGAUCAUCCGCUAGAUUUCCAGUUAACCAAACAGUUGAUUAUGGGAAGAGCCGGAAGGACAGAAAGCAAGGUAGAAAAGGUGGCACGAUCCUUCCAAAUUCGGUUCAUUCUGAUGGAGAGCCGCCAGACAUGGGUGCACUAUGCAUUUAACCACAUCUUCCAGGCCAUUUUUGGAGCUGAUUUAAUGAAUUGAGGAGGAAUUGCUUUAUCAUAUUCCAGCGAAGGAAAAAGGCAGAGGCACAGAAAAUACCGUUUACUUAAAUACGGCUCAUACUACAGAUUUUUCAUUGAUAGAAACUUAGAAUAAUGAAAAACUUGGGAGUUUUGGCCAUUUUAAAAAUAGUGAAGAACAUGAAAGAUUUUGCAUGGUUAGAAACUUAGAAUAGUGACCAUUUUAGAAUAGUGAAGAACUUGCAAGUUUAGUCAUUUUGUAUAAUCAAUCCUUUAAAAUGGAAUUAUAAUUUUAAUUUAUUUCAAUUUUUAAUGUGGUAUA